UCUUGAAAAGAGUCUCUCUCUGCACUGUUGUGUUGCUAGGAAAUAUCACAGGGACUCGCAAGAAACAAGACAGAUGAAGAGAGGUGGGAUAUGGGAUCCUUCUGGAAGAAGAUCAGGCAGGGGGCUGAAUACAGAUUGCCAUGGCUGAGGAGGAGUGCCACCAAAUGUCUGCCCGAUGGAGGUGCCAUCAACUUCUCAGAGUCACUUCCCCACGAGAAGAUGAGCAGCGGCGUGACGCGCGCGGUGGGAAACGGAGAAGAGGACGACGAAACUAAAGACCGUUGCAAGCAGCUUAGACUCACCCUGCAACAUCAGGAUCAGUCAGGCUACGCCUCAGAACGCCAUAACAGUAAGGAGAGCAGCAUAGCAGUCGUGCUGCCACAGAAACCUGAGGAGCAGGAAGAAGAACCUCGCACAGAAGUUGAAGUCAUCAAGGUUUACCUUGAACGCCGCCCACCGGAAGAAAACAUCAGGAUGCUGACGGACGAGGUGUCACAGAUUCAGGAGGUGAGGUACUGUCUGAAGACUCUGAGAGAGCAGAUGGCAGCCAGGCAGAACAGCAGCACCAACAAGCAUCCAGCCAAUGGCUUCAGAGUCAAUGCACCCGGGAGGAAACCGACUGUCAUCAAUGCCAACAGCGUCCACACCGAUGCUCAUGUUGGGGAUAAUCAGGAGGAGAGCGCGAGACUCAGAGACGUGACCAGACGCCUGUAUGCUCAGCUGAAGGAGAUGGAGAAGCGGCAUCAGGAGGAGAUAGACAGAAUGCAGGCAGAGUCAACGGAGUAUCAGGCCCAUCUGGCUGAGCAGACAGAGCGGCUGCAGAAGGCUGAGAAGCAGUCGAAAGAAAGAGGUCAGCAGGUGGAGGAGCUGCAGAGGCUGCUAGGAAACAUGGAGAUUGAGAACGGCAAUCUCAAAGACAAGAUGGCUGCAGGGGAGGCCGAGCUGCUGCAGCUUAAAGCAGAUAGAGAGAAAGGAGAGAAGGAGCAGAGGUGUGCAGAGCUCGAGAAGGAGGUGGCUGUCCUGAAGGAAAAGAUUCAUCAUCUUGAUGACAUGUUAAUGAGUCAGCAGAGGAAGGUCCGCCACAUGAUCGAACAGCUGCAAAACUCCCGGACGGUCCUCCAGGAGAGAGAUCGAGCCAUCAGGGAUCUGGAGGAGAAGGUGGCUUUCCUAGAAGCAGAGAACAAAGAAAUGCAUGACCACAUGGAGUACUUUCUGGCAGGCCAGGAGCCUCCACCCCCAUCUACUGAGAACAAGCCAGAGGUUGUUUAUAGCAAACCGCUGACACCGACGACUCAGAGCAGCAAAGCCCUCCCAUUCAUCAAAGUCAUUGAGAUCAAAUCGUGAUUGGAGCAACAACCAAAGGAUUUCCUGAAGUUAAAUACUGUGUACAUAUUUAUAUAUUUAACCUCCUACUAGUAUGUAAAAUGUAGUUUUGCAGCAUUUGUUGCUGGCUGUUUUAACAGGCCUCACGCACACUGUGUCGAUACCUCGUUGUUACGUCUGGGGCUGUUCUUUAUACUUCCUUUAGGUUUCCUCAAGCCAAAUCUUAACAGGGAUCCAUGCAGAAUCUGAAUAAGCUGUUUCAGCAGGUCAAACUAAAAGGCAAGUCAGUUAAAAGCUGUUGCUAGUUUAGGUCAAAUGCACAAAUAAUCGCAAUGUUUUUAGUGUUUUCAGCUCUUCUUCCUGACCACAGUCCCUCAGGGUUCAGAGGUCAAAUUCCUCAGUGCUUUGCACCACAUUGCCAAUAGCAAGCGUGCAGUUAUGAUGUCAAUAAUAAAAUAUGAUUUAUGCUUAACUAAAAUUUUUUUUUUUUUGACAGAGUGGGUCAAUGAUACUAAGACAUAGUGCUGUUUUGAUAUAACUUGUUUGAGCUAUGCUGGGAAAGACUGCCACGUACUGCCUCAAUGUGCUUAUUGUACAGGCCAAUCAUGUCUUGUGCUAAAAGGUUAUACAUAAUAAUGCUCAUUUAACUGAUCAACUUGCUUAUUUACAUAAUUGCGCAUUCUUCGCAUUGACUUGGCUGCUUCUUUCUAUAAAAUACUUUGUUGCAGUCCAGAAUGCAUAUUUUUAGUAAGUAACCUUAUACUGUGAACAGUGUAGAUACCUUGAAAUUCAGUCUGUGUCAUUUUGCUGUAAAUUUCAUCCAAUUUUAUUUAAAUGUAAUAAAAGAACUGGUUUAUCCAA